UUCGCGCGUGAUAGUCGCAAAUCUAUCGAGCGCAUCGAUCGUCGCCAUCGCGCUGGUUCGGGCAGUCGCGAGUUGUCUGCCAUCGCGGGGACUUCGGCUAGACUGGUAUUCGUGAAGUGCGGAUCUGUGAAUUCACAUAAUCGUAUAGCGUAAUUGAUUCUCGCGUGCGAAGCUCGACGAGAAGCCCCGAGAGAGUCCCGUGCGUUGACAGAAUCGGCCGCGACGCGAGUCGACCGCGGCUGCAGAGAUUCGACGAGGACGACGACAGCGAAGGACGGGCGCAGCCGAAGAUGUGCGGCGGCUUUACGUGCUCCAAAAAUGCGCUAACAGCACUCAACAUUCUCUACAUCGUUGUUGCCUUUAUAUUAAUAGGAGUUGCUGUAUAUGGAAGGGCAUCCGCCUUAGUAACAAACCUUCCUAUUAUUGGCGGCAUUUUAGCAUGCGGAGUGAUCCUGUUUCUCAUUUCUAUAUUGGGCCUGAUUGGUGCUGUUAAACACCAUCAGGUUCUAUUGUUCUUUUACAUGCUUAUAUUAUUUCUUUUAUUCCUGAUUCAAUUCAGCAUUGCCUGCGCUUGCCUUGCUGUUAAUACUAAACAGCAAGAACAACUUGCCGAACAGGGUUGGACACAUGUUGAAUCUGAUUUAAAGAAAAAAGUUCAAACCACGUUUAAUUGUUGCGGAUUUAACAGUACUCUUGAAGAUCCAGCUUGUGAGAAGGUUUGCUGCCAAUCGAUUGAUACUAGUUUAAUGCCUUGUCCACCUUGUCCAACAUGUAUGCACAAACUGCAAUCUACUAUUGAUUAUGCAUUCAAAUUGUGUGGCAGCAUAGGAUUAUUCUUUAGCUUUACGGAGGUGAUUGCAGCUUUCUUGGCGAGACGUUAUCGUAAUCAAUUUGAUCCACAAGAAAAAGCUGCAAGAGCUGUUUUUCCGCGACAUAAUUAUUUAUAUUGAUUCGAUGAUACAUUUGAAAAAAAUUAAUAACUUUUUUAAUUUUUCUUUUUAUUAAUAUUAUUUUACAAUACUUUCGAGUAUAAAGAGGACCCGUAUAUAGAGUUAAUUUCGUUCUCAAUUGCUCGCUUAUAUAUUGUGCAAUUAUAUUUUUCAAGAGCUAAAAUAUUUAAAUUUUAUCUUUUUAAUACUGAGAUGAUUACACAUGUAUAAUGCUCAACAGAAAUAAUAGCAGAUUUUUCAAUUGGGCAAUCAUAGAUUUUAGAAUGAGUUAGACAAAUAAUAACAGAAAUGUGUGCUCUAGUCAUAUACUUAGAACACUCAUAACAAGCCUCAAUGCGCCUUGUAGUCUAGAGACCGAAAACAUUAUGUAAGUAUAUUUCUAUUAAAUUUCGUUAUAUUUUGUUUUUAACAACUCUUUGAUAAAAUGGAAGUCGGUGAAAAUCUAACAUACUGUCGUAAUUAUGCUGUCUAGUUCAAAACAAUUCGGAUACAUCAUAAUAUUUAAAAUUAUCCUAAAAAUAUAGGGAUUGAGAUAAGAGUGCUAUAAGGAAAAAUACAAAUUAAUUUUUUUUUAUAUUUUUUUAUGGAAGAAUGUAGUUAAAAUCAUGGUAACAACAGAGAUGAUAUAACAUCCAUGAUCGUAUCAAUUAUAUUUUUCUCCUAUACAUAACAUCAUAUUACAUAUAUACAUAAUUAUUCGAUGAUAUCUAGAAAUUUAUAUCUUCCGAGUAAAAGCAAAUUCUGUCAUCCUCUUUGAGCACACUUUUAGAUAAUUUUAUAAUAUUUUUAUGUCUAAAGAGAUUAUUUUUUCUAUUUUAAAUUUUCGAUAGUAUAUUAUGUGCGAACCUUCUGUUACAUUGAAAAGUUUAAUCAAAAUAAUCAGAAAAAAUUGUAAUUAUAGUUUUAUAAACUUAUAUAAUCUAAUUUGGGUGAAACUUGACUUAUCUUUGGCAGACAUUCCAAAUCUUUAGAAGUCUAAUUUCUUGUUUUUUAUUGUAUAUGCUUUUAUACAUAUAUUUGUACAUAUGGAUAUUGUCGAAAAUAUAUAAAAUCAUUUGAAAUGUAUACGUAUUAACAAAUCAUUGCUUAGUAAAAUAUCAUCAGUGAUAAGAUUUGUCACAUAUUUCAAGUUUCAUCCACCAUAAAUAUUCAAUACGAAUGCUUUGCUUGAGAUGCUGUUCUAAUUGUGCAUUUUAAUGAAACUUAUGCAUAAUAAGCUGAAUAUAUAAGAUGUUCUAAAUAGCCUGGUGGGAAAUUAUUGACAAACUUUAUAAUAAUCUAACUUUCUUGCAUAAUGCAGAAUUAUUUAUCCAAAGCUUAUGCUUUUGCGGUAACGAAAUAUAUUUAAAAUCAGAUAAAAUUUUUUUUUAUAUUUAAUAUAUUUAAAUCAUGUCGAAUGGACUUAUGCGAUCGCAUAGAUUUAAUAAUAAUCGAAAGCGUAACUAUAUUUGAAGAAAGACAAUAUUUAUUAUGAACAUUUUUUUUUAAUAAUAUCCUUCCAGGCUUUUUCGGACAAUUUGCAUAAUAAAAUCGUAAUCUCUCUUUACGAGGAAGGUGAAUUCAAUAUGCAUGAAAAUAUAAUAUAUAUGUUUACAUCGUGCCCAUUCUAGAUAUUAGAAAAUAUAACAUAUUUUCUAUCCAUUUCCAUUACGAGAUGAAAUGGAAUGAAUCUCGCUCUAGUUUUUGUUUUUAUGAAUUUCUUUAUCCGAGAGACUAUGAAAAGAACAAUCGUCGCUGUUCAAUAGCGAAUUUAAUUUGUUGCUAUAUAUGUUAUUACGUUUAUUCAAAAUUUUAAGAAUAUAAACUUUAUUAAUGUAUUUAAAUAUAAAGAGAUUAAAUUUCAUGGAAUUCGUUAUUGAACAAUAAAAAUAUAAUUUGAUGCGUUGAGCACGUUUGAAAAUUCUUUUAACAUUUAUAAAGUAUUGUUUCGAUGAAUUUUUUUUUAAUAUGUUUUUUUUCAUGAAUGUUUGCGCAAAUUUUUAGAAUGUCAGUUAUGUUUUACGAAUUGUAGAAAAUAAUUGUGGAUAUAUCUUCCGACGAGCAAAAAUAAAAUCUCGCGAACAUUCCAAUUUUUACGCACCUCUGCCCGGCUUCGAUAGAAACGUGCAUAUAUAUUUUAUAUAUAUAUGUACGGAAUAGGGCUCGUGUUGUACACGCGAGAUAUGUACGGUAGCGUAAUUCCUAUAUACAUAUUUUUACGUAUAAAUAUCAUAAUCACAUUAUACGUAUAUAAUAUAUUCGUAAUUAGCUUUAAACGAUUAAGGAGAAACACGUAUAUAAUUCUAAGAGUAUAAUCAAGAGGAAUUCGAUAAAAGUCGUAUAUGAGAAUGAUUCGCAUUUCUGUGUAACAGAAAUGAUAUAGAAAUGUUUAGAGACUUCAUUAUAUUAUCCAUGUAUAAUGCAUUUUUUGCAAAUCAAAAUCUGAUACGUGUGGAAGGAUUUAGAUAUCGACAAUCUUAAAGUUGUAAUGGAAAUUAUAUAUGUAUGUACGUGUUGAAAAAAUCAAUGAAAAAUCAUAUUCGAAUUA